GCUAUGUCUCGGUCGAUGUUUUUUUUUUAUCAUGAAUAUUCAAGAUUUUGACUCGAUCUCCAUUUUGCUCGUGAAAUUUGUCUGAUGGCUUUUCAUGCGCUUCGACUUUUAUUUUACGCCAGGGCCCCAAGCAACUACACGGACGUAGUGAAUAGAUGCUCGAGUUUUUCUUCCCGACCAGGCAUUACAGUAGCAGCCUGUGCGACUUUAUGAUUAUGAAGAUUUUUUAUCGCGACUUGACACCUCCGCCUAUUCGGCUGUGAUACUUCUCGGAAACUACAAACAAACAGCGUCACAUCCCGAGUCAGAGGGGCUUGAAGCUUCACUGGGAUGACUUUACAAAAAAAGGAUGGGUGAAGACGAUCAGGACGGCGCUGGUGGCCGCAAGCCCCCGCCUUGGAACAAUCAGAGCCACACGACGAAAAAACCGGGAUCAACGACGUCACAGCGGCCCGGCGAGGAAGCUGAGGAGGAAGAUGAUGAAGAGGACGUUCUUGGCAACAUAGAGCUAAACUCCACCGUCACCGCAGAGUCACACCUUCCGGAGCACAGCAAUUAUCCCACCGCACAGCUACAGCAGGACGCGUUACGGCGGUACCAAACCGAUGGCAACGAUGGGAGCAGUUUGUCCCUCGGUACCGAUUUUAUUUUCGGUGGAGCAACAGAAAAACCAUCGGUGUUGCUGCAACAGGAAGCGCAGCACCAGUUCGGGCAUGGCCACGGUGGGGAUCUGCAGCCUGACCCAGGGCCAGGUAACGCUGCAAGAGGAAUUUUGAUUUUCGUAUUCGUCGUUUCAAUGGAAUUCUUGCAAGUUUUGAGCAUCUUCUUCAAUGAGUUCCGGUUUCUGAAGAUUUGACCUGUGUUUUCGGCGGCACGCAAAAACUCAAGCGCGCCAAAUAAACAUCAAAAACAGGCCAGCGUCCUACCACAUCCCUUGAAGACUUCAUAGAUUGCCUCAACACCGACGACAGUAACCACUAUGGGGCGCGCCCCCCUGCCGUAUUACCGCCAACAAAUUUAUCACACGAUCCACGACCCCCACCUCCCAGUGCCCCCUACCCCGGCACAACAUCACCGUCCCCACCAACACCCCCACGCCCUCCCUCAACAACCACCCAGCAGCAUCAACCGAGCGCCUCCUCAACCGCGCCGCACCCUCCCGGCCCGCCGGACGACGGCUUUCAGUGCGACGACUGCCCAAUCUGUUUCGAACCCAUAGACCCCGCGGAGGCGGCGAUGCGGUGUAAAAACCGCUCGCACCCGCAUUUUUUCCACUCCUCCUGCCUGUCCGCCUGGAUCCAGACCGCGCGGCAACAAAGGAUCCGGCCGAGCUGCCCGAUUUGUCGGAACGACGUGGAGUUUCACGCGAAAAGGCUGAACCAGUUUCUGCAAGAGCAGCAACGGGUGAGAAACGGCGGAGCCUCGUCUAGUUCCAGCUCGGGGGAUACCAUGACGGACGAAGAUUUGGGGUUUUUCCAGUCCAUUUACCAGAAUCUGGACGACACCGUAAAAGACGGCUGGUCCAACGUGACGUGGGAAAAUGUCACCUACGCCGGCGGCUUGAUCGCGUGCUUCGGCUGGGGCUUCUAUUCCGGCUACAACUACGACCGGAUGUACGUUCCCUUGGAACUCAUCCCGCAGCAAACUGACAACCGAGUCGCGCAGGGUGUGGGCUGGUUUGCCGGGGUGUUGGCCCGGGAGAUAAAGCGCUGGCAUGACCGGAAGAGCCGGAGGGACGAUUGAUUACGGUUUCUGGCGGUUGCUUUGUUCUGGUGACAUCGGUGUUUAUUUGAUUGGGCAGGACGACGACCCGAGGUCCAAAGCACCACUGUCGCCGUGCUUUGCUCUGGCGAAAUAGAAACACGAGAACAAGAACGUUGAAGUUGAUAUACGAGCGACUGUCAAAAUUAUCCCCAGUUUCCAUCUACUGUUGAACGUAAACGAAAU